AUGGCGACGGCUUUCCAGACGCUCGUCAUCUUGCUCUGCAGCAACCUUGCCGCCGCGCAAGUUCAGGCGGUGUGCAACCUGCAGGAUGGAGCAAAGGUCCUGGGAUGCACCAAUGGCACGGCCAACUCCCCGGCCAUGACCAGCAUGAAGCAGGACUUCAUCGAGGAAGUGCGCCGAGCUGGCCGUGAGCGAGGGGACUCCGUUCCCAUCUACAAUGAGCAUGCGUACAAAUACAAUGAGAUGUACAACGGAGUCCGGUGGCAGGGCCCAGCACACGUGGCCGAGAAAGCAGCCUCCCUCCUCAAAGACUUCCCGGAAGUUCUGUCCCAUGUCCUAGAUUUCGGCUGUGGCACAGGCCUCACGGGAUUGCAGCUGCGGGCGCGUGGCAUCAGCGAGGUCCAUGGUCUGGAUCCCUCUACUGGUAUGCGGGCCAUGAUUCCAGAGGGCACGUACGUCCACAUGUACCAGGACGUGGCAGACUUGUCCUCCUUGUCCUCCAGAUUUGCGAUGAUUGUGUCCACGGCUGUCAUUGGCACACACGUGGGACCCGAGGUUGUCGCCAAGCUGGCACUGUCACACUUGGAGCCCCGCGGGCACAUGGUCUUCACGUUGAAGGUGUCGUAUUUCAACAGCCCUGAGUUCUUUGAAAUGUUUGAGUCCUUGAAGAUGAGUGGCUUCGCCGUUCAGAGGAGCACGGGCAUCCUCUUGCACACGGACGACCCGCGGAACGAGCACACGAUCGUGACCAUCAGCGACCAAACCGAGCCUCGGCCCACCAUCAUGUUGUGGUCGACCCCAAGAUCCAUGUCCACAGCCCUGGAAAGAUGUGUGCAGGAUCACCCUCAGGUAGGCACCGUGAUGCAUGACAUCAUGUCAGGGCCCGAGUUUGGGCUUACAGAUCCCGAGAUCCAGGGGAUGCACUUUGAUGGGAAGACUGCAGCGACCUAUGAGCAGGUGCUUCGCCAUGUGCACCGCACAAUCUUCGCGAAGCUGAACAGCACUGUCUUCAUCAAGACGACAGCACGCUGCGCUUCGCAAGUCAGCCGUGACAAAACCUACUGGUCCCAGCCCCACUUCCAGCACCGAUUCCUGGUAGAGCACCCUGAGUGGGUCAUACCAUCCGUGUACGCGCGACUCGAUGAAGGCGUUCAGCUGGCGAGGUACCAGCUUUGCUACGACUCCUUGGCCAGCAUCAUUAAAGCGAUCGGUGGACCGAAACCAAUCGUUGUACAGGCUGCAGGUUUGAGGAGCUCGCCGACAAAGGUCAGGACCUUCCUCAGCAACCUCACUGGUCUCAACGUCAAUGAGCUCAGCUUGACCUGGCAGCCCCAUGACUCUCCGCUUUGGUAUCGGAUGGGAGGCGGCGGGAACAAGUCGGCGCGAGUUGGAACCGAUGGCUUCCGCAACUAUCACGACACAGUUCGUGACUCCUCCUCCUUUUUAAGCUCGCGGAAGAUCUAUGAUGCAAACGCCACCACGAACCAUGUGCAAGCCCAGAUGCUUGAGGAAGUCCUGCCUAUCUAUCGUGAUAUCGUGAGCUGGAUCAGCCCGUGA